CGCGAUGCUCCGGGGCUAGCGCCGCCUCCGCCAUGCCGCCGUCCCGGCUGUCCGCGCUGCUGGCCGCCCUGCUGAGCCUCGGCCCCGGUGCGGGCCCGGGCCCGGGCCUGGGCUGCCAGCUGCCGUCCGACUGGCGGCCCCUGAGCGAGAGCUGCCGGGCGGAGCUGGCCGAGAUCAUCGUGUACGCGCGCGUGCUGGCGCUGCACCCGGACCUGUCCGGCCUCUACAACCGGCUGCCCUGGCCCGCCUGGCCCGCCCGCCACGACCCCCACGACCCCCGCGGCCUCUUCUACUCGGCCGAGGUGGAGAUGCUGUGCGACCAGGCCUGGGGCAGCAUGUUGGAGGUGCCCGCCGGCUCCCGCCUCAACCUCACCGGCCUGGGCUACUUCGCCUGCCACUCGCACACCGUGGUGCAGGACUACUCUUACUUCUUCUUCCUCAGAAUGGACGAAAAUUAUAACCUCCUGCCCCAUGGUGUCAAUUUCCAGGAUGCCAUCUUUCCAGACACACAAGAGAACAGAAGGAUGUUUUCCAGUCUCUUUCAGUUUUCCAACUGCUCUCAGGAGGAGCAACUCAUAACUUUCACCAGUGACUGGGAGAUCCAAGAAGACAAUAGGCUCAUGUGCUCGUCCGUCCAGAAGGCCCUGUUUGAGGAGGAGGACCACGUGAAGAAGCUGCAGCAGAAGGUGGCCACCUUGGAGAAGCGCAACAAGCAACUCCGCAAUCGGGUCAAGAAGGUUAAGAGGUCACUGAGGCAGGCGAGGAAAAACAGCCGCCACAUGGAGCAGAUGAACCGGAAACUGAGCGAGAAACUGACUGCCUCGGGAGGCCAAGUCCCCCAUGUCGGCUCCCUGAAGCAAGGGAACACCCAUGCCACUUAUCUUAAAGUCUAAGGCGAGAGAGAGAGAGGAGGGGGAGCUCAGAAGUGGGUCCCGCUGGGACUUUAGUCUUAAAAUCACUGUUUGAGCUAGGGCAGAGGCUGCUGGGCAGUCUCAGAAAGCUGAGGAGCUUAGACGUCACAUCCGUAUUAACGGAGCAUUAAUUAUUAAGGUAGUCUCUCUGUGUACAGAUUUGAAAAGCCUUUAGAGAUAUUUUUAUUACCCACUUUGUAUAGUCCAAUUUUUAAAGCUGGGGCAGGGCCUGCUUCUUGGUCUUUGUGCCCCCUGCCCUUUCUUCGACUCCCCUGACAAGCUCUGGUCCUGGGCUCUGGGCUAGAGGCCCACGCAGGGAAGAGAAGGGGUUAGUUUGUACAGUCCUCACAGCACGACAGGAUCCAGGAGCUCCAGCAGUCAAUCAGUCGAUGGUAUUUAUUGAGGGCUUACUGAAUGCAAAGCACCGUACUAAGUGGGCAUCAGGAUCCUCCCAUCUACUCCAGUGCCAGCUGAAAUCUGGACUUAUGUUUUCCCAUCCACCCAGAGCUGAAGGAAAGAGAGGAGAGGGCACCGAGAGGGGCUGGACGGGUGUUCCUGAGCCUCGGGGUAGGCCUGGAUUGAGGAACUGGGAUCAGGACAUACAACCUCCAGAAGGCAAAGCGGGUGGCGCUUAAUGACUAGAAAUGAAAGGAUUCUGAAUUCCAAUCCUUCUUUGACCACUGACAUGCUGCCUGGACUUGGGCAAACAAGUCUUUUAGCCUGCUGGUUACUUUGUUUAAGCACCUGCAAAAUGGAUCAGUGGAAUAGCAAAGUGGCCAGGGGCUCCAGCAACUGUUACUCUCUCAAGUGGAAGUUCCUAGAUAAGUAGAAUCUUCCCCACAACGCCACAGACCAUGUUUCCCUUGUACUAGAAUCAUUUCAACCUCCCGCUGCCAUGGCAGGUUAGAGAGUGAAGGUAGGAAGUACGACAAAUCACACUUGAUUUCCAGAAAACAAAGAGCGGAAAAUGGCUCCCAUUUCUCCUUGGGUCCCCAAACUUUUCUUUCUGUUUCCAUUUUGUGUAGUCAACUACCAUUCUAGCUAGAAAGGAUCUGCCACCUAUAAUUCUACCCACCCACUGCUGCCUCCUGAAUCUUCAGGUUAGAGGCAUCCUCAUAGGAAGUACCAUCGUAUGGGGCUGGAUUCUCUCUGCUCUGCCUGGUCAGUCAAGGUUUCUCCUUUCCAUGUUGAGAUCAAUCAGUUGUAUAUAUUAAGCACUUACUGUGUGUAGAGGACUGUACUAAACACUUGAGAGAGAAAAUGCAACAGAGCUGAUAUAUUUCCUGCCCACAAUUACUUCACAGUCUAGAGAGGAAGAUCCCAGAAUGUACCUUUUACCAUUAUGGGGUCUUGCUUACCACAGGUUCUCCAGGGUGAACAAAUAUAUCCCCCAAUGUUCCAGUCUCUUUAUUUGGUGUGAACUUAUGCUGUUUGGACUCACCCUCCCCAUCAACCCACCUGUAGUCAAACACCCACAUACCAUAGAUUCUCCUGCACUUACACAUCUUCUCCCUUCUGCUGUACUGCCUAAGUAUUUAGUACAGUGCUUUGCACUUAGUAGGCACUAUUUACAUUCCAGUGCUUGAAUGGUUAUCCAAUGCCAGGAGGCAGAUUUUCAGGUGAGCCCUGUGCAGGUUGUAAAAGGUUGUUUCCUCUUUUCUAGGGUCCAUUCCAUAGUUGAAAAGGGGGAUGCAUUUCUUGAGAAAUCUGUAGCAGAUGAAAACAUUUAAGAGGUGGCAUGAUAGCUGUUACAGCCUGUUGAAGGUGAACUAAAUGCCUAAGGGGCAAUUGCUGACCAAUCAGAUCAAUCAAUAAAUCAAUCGUAUUUAUUGAGCGCUUACUGUGUGCAGAGCACUGUACUAAGCGCUUGGGAAGUACAAGUUGGCAACAUAUAGAGACAGUCCCUACCCAACAGUGGGCUCGCAGUCUAAAAAGAGUUGUAGGAACAAAGGUCAACCAUCAAUUGAGGGCCUAAUUCCCACCUGUGUAUUCUUCCCAAGCACUUAAUAUAAAACUCUGCAUGAAGUACCAUUAUUACUACUAUUGUUGCUCUCACCUACCUGUAACCGUAACCCUAAUCCUAGCACAAAUCCAACUCUAACCUAAUCCUAAAAUAAUUUCUGCCCUUGUCUUAACCUGGCCCUAACCAUAAUAUGAAUGAGGAUUUCCGAUUUAAUGUGAUUGUUGGCAGGUUGAUUUUAAAGUGGAGAAACACUGGCGAGUGCUGUCUGUUGUCAGUUGGAUUUGAGGGUUUUAGUUUGAAGCACUGUAUCAUCCUCCAUCUCUCAAUUCUCCUGUCUACCUUCCUACAGCCAUUCUAGCCCUGCUGAGAUCAACUCCAGGGUCUCUGCCAUGAAUCUUGCCGUUCCUAAGCAGAACACAAUUUGUCCUUCCUGCUUUGGGAAAAAGCAGAUGAUGAGUGCUUGCUUGAGUAAUGUUAUGCUUCUUCUGAAUUCCUCCGUUAGAUUGUGAGCUCAGUGUGGGCAGAGAUAAUGCUGUCUUCUAUUGUGCUCUCCUAAGUGCUUAAUACAGUGCUCUGCAUACUGUUGGUGCUUAAUAAAUACUAUUGAUUGCUUCUAGAUGGCUUCAGCUAAAGGCAGUUUGAUUACCUGGACCAACAGGGCAGAGGAUGGCUCUGUGGGAAACUUUCAGCUCCAAGUCUUCUUGAUUUGGCUCAGUCACAGGCACAUUGUCGUCAGUGAUGACAAAGUCACUCGUAUGAGGGACCAUGGAUUCCAGGUUAUUUUUUCUCCCUGGAGACCUUCACUCCAAAAGUCAUGGUGGAGUCUUCUCAAGGGCAGGACCCUUGCCCAAACCUAAGUACAAACUGGGAAAGGGAGGGGUAUCCCCUUUGAGCUCACAUGUUGUUGUUUUUUUGUGUGUGUAUGCUUUCUCAAUAAAUCCAAAGUCACUCAGACCGGAGCUGCAAAGUGAACCAUGUUUCUUUCUGGACAGGGAGGCCAUGAGCCUGGAAGCCAUUAUAUGGGUGGAGGAGCAUGGCAGUGAUAGCAGGGAGUAGAAAAGUCUUCUGCGAACUGGUCCUUCUAUAAACAGAAGGUGAUGAUUCUUCCCUAAACUCUCAGGAACAAAAUGGUGGACUCUGUUACCCUUAGAGGGACUGGGGAGUGGGAAAAUAGGAUCCAGGUCAAGUCAGUCUCCUCUGGAUUGUUCGGGGAUGAGACCUCAAAGAAGAAGUGUCCAGAGCUGAGAAGAGCGAGGGUCAGCCAGGAGGAAGACUCGCCCAAUAACAGCAGGGAAGAAUCAGGGCAAUGGAUCUUGAGUACCAGACCUAAUGGGACCCAUUUGGAGAGAUGGAGCUACUAUGGAAUAUCAUCUUGUAAUUGCAGAUAUGGGCUAAAAAACCUAACUUUUCACAGCUGUCAUUUAUCCAUGAGCUACAUAAAGGACCAGUGACACACA